CGAGAUCUCAGACCACCAGACCCGGAAGGUUCUUAGGAAGUUGAAGGGCCUGGAGGAGGCCCGGGAACAAAUGGCCGCUGCUGGAUCAUGCUGCUACAAGAGGAGAAUGGCUGUUGCAGCCGGCGUCAAAGCAGCUCCAGCGCAGGGUACUCAGAUGGGGAGCGCGAGGACUCGCUGGCUACGCACGCUAGGCAGCAGCUGGAGGCGCUGCUCAACAAGACCAUGCGCAUUCGCAUGACAGAUGGGCGGACACUGGUCGGUUGCUACCUCUUCACCAACCGUGACUGCAGUGUUAUCCUGGGCUCGGCGCAGGAGUUCCUCAAGCCGUCGAAUUCCUUCUCUGCCGGGGAACCUCGUGUGCUGAGCCUGGCCAUGGUACCUGGUGACCACAUCCACAUCGUUUCUAUCGAGGUGCAGAGAGAGAGCCUGGCGGGGCCUCCCUAUCUCUGAACAUGAUUGCGCAUGCCUUUCAGACUUCAUUAAAUCUGUAACCGAAAAAAAAAA